GUAAUGACCGUAGGGUACUGCCCAUCGUCGAUCAAACGGUCUCCAUAUUUUGCUCACUAUAAUUCCCCUUGGUGGAAAUUCCACGGCGGAAAGGAAGACAGCAGAUCCCUGAGGGAAACCCUCUCCUCCCAUGGCGGCGACCGUCUCCUCCACCGGGGGCGUUCGAUCCCUCUGGCUGCUCCUAUGGCUAGGGUUAGCGCAAGGGUUCGGGCUGGCCGACUCAGUUGCAGCCGCCCUCAAAGUUCCCUUCCGCGUCAAGGACGUGCUCCCCAUCCUUCCCCACCAGAUUUCCUGGCCGGUCAUGAACAACCUCCACAGCGCUGUCGAUCUCCUACCGUCCUUUGUCGGAUCCGUUGUCCCCGGUGCCGGAACCGUCGGUUGGAAGGGCGCCUGCUUCUUCGAGAAUGAAGCACGGCUUGACUUCACCGAGCAUGUCAGUGGAGGCGGCAACGAGAGCAGCCUCAAUGGCGGGAUCCUACAUCUUAAGACGGAUGCAGCACAUAGCUGGACAUGUAUGGAUCUCUAUGUAUUUGCAACACCAUACAGGAUAAUGUGGGAUUACUACUUCUCUGCUCGAGAACACACACUAGUGAUAACGUCAUGGGAAGAGCCAGCAGAAAUGGAAUAUGUAAAACAACAUGGUAUUUCUGUAUUUCUUAUGCCGUCAGGGAUGCUUGGAACUUUGCUCUCUCUGAUUGAUGUUUUACCUCUUUUUUCGAACACUGGCUGGGGUCAGAAUGCAAAUAUAGCAUUUUUAGAGAAGCAUAUGGAUGCCACUUUUCAGAGGCGUUCUCAACCUCAUCAGGCUACAAUUAGAGUGGAAGAUGUUCAUUCUGGUGACUUCCUAGCAGUAUCAAAGAUACGUGGUCGUUGGGGUGGUUUUGAGACAUUAGAAAAAUGGGUGACCGGUGCAUUCGCUGGGCAUACAGCAGUUUGCUUAAAGGAUGCCAUGGGUAAUCUUUGGGUUGGAGAAUCUGGACAUGAAAAUGACAAGGGAGAGGAGAUCAUUGUGGUAAUUCCAUGGGAUGAGUGGUGGGACUUGGCAUUGAAGGAUAAUUCUAGCCCUCAUAUAGCUCUGCUGCCUUUACAUCAAGAUUUGCAUGCAAUAUUCAAUGAAACAGCAGCAUGGGAUUAUGCUCGGAGCAUGUCUGGAAAGCCCUAUGGGUAUCACAAUAUGAUAUUUAGCUGGAUUGAUACUGUUGCUGAAAAUUAUCCGCCUCCUCUUGAUGCUAAUUUGGUAAUGUCUGUAAUGUCUAUGUGGACUAGGUUGCAACCUAGUUAUGCUGCUAAUAUGUGGAAUGAAGCCCUCAACAAGCGACUCGGGACUGAGGAUUUGGACUUGCAUGAGAUUAUUGUUGAGACUCAGAGGCAGGGAAUGACCUUUGACCAGUUGCUAACCAUGCCUGAACAAGAUGAAUGGAUCUAUAGUGAUGGAAAAUCUACAACUUGUGUUGCUUUUGUCCUGGAACUAUAUAAAGAGGCUGGAAUACUUGGCCCACUCGCCAACUCCAUUCAAGUUACUGAAUUCACCAUUCGUGAUGCAUACAUGCUGAACAUCUUUGAGAAUAACCAGACACGAUUACCAAGCUGGUGCAAUGCACUGGAAGAAAAGCUUCCCUUUUGCCAGAUACUUGGGUACUAUAGGAUGGAGUUGCCUCAAUACAACACCAUUGAGCCUUAUGCACAUAUGAAUGAGAAUUGUCCCUCCUUGCCACCAGCUUACACCAGACCUGAAAGGUGUUGAUAACAAGCGCUGUUGGGUAAAAGCUCUUGUUUCACAAUUUCUAACUGUAUUCCAAUUAUGUUCAAUUGGUGCACGCCCAUAAGAUGUUUCCUCAUAAUAUUAUUAAUGUAUAAUCAUUGAUCGCA